ACGGCAAGUCUCACCUUACCAGUUAGCUACAAGCAAGCAGCCAUCUUAUGUCGUUGUCGUGCCCUCUUUAAAUUACAUUUUCCCAUUCCUCAAGAAAAUAUUCUUCAGGAAUUCCGCGUUAUUCCUCAUCCAGAAUUUUUGACACAGUUAGUGGUUCCAACUAUUUAUAGUUUAAAAUAGUGCUCCGGAAAAAUAACCAUAUUGGAAAUUGGAAGAAUGUGAGGAAAAUAAUUCAGUAAAUUGAAAAAAAAUUAAAAAUGGGUUCAAAAGUUGAAUAUGUGCAAUCUUCGCAUAUGUAUGCGACGAAUUACAUUCGCAAUUCGAAAGCGAUUGGAGUAUUGUGGGGAAUAUUCACAAUAUGUUAUGCCAUAAUCGGAACCGUCGCUUUUGUCACUCCAGAAUGGUUGGGUGACUUGGAACACGAAAAUCCAGGGAGAUUUGGUCUCUGGUCCAGAUGCAGUUUCGGAGGAAAUGGUGAGUUAGCAGAGGAAUGUAUAGGUCGUUUGGACGAUUUAUCAACAAUUGCAAACGUUCCUUUCAAGGCGAGCACAGUCCUUGUCGGUUUGGCAGUGAUAAUCGCAAUUUUAUCAAUUUGUGCGAUGUUGCUCUUUUUUUUCUGCCACAGCACUACCGUCUACUACAUCUGUGCCUGGAUGCAAGUUACAUCUGCAAUUUGCAUGGCAGUUGGUGUUGGCGUUUAUCCACUUGGCUGGGAUUCCCCUUUGAUUCGAGCUGUGUGUGGAGCAGCUGCUUCAAGAUAUAAUCCUGGCGCGUGUGCAAUUAGAUGGGCAAUUCCUUUGGCUGGAAUUGCUGCUUUAGAUGCCAUAACUUUAGCAGCUCUUGCUUUUAUUUUGGCUUCAAGACAUGUUAGGCUGCAGCCAGAGCCUUUCAAUAAUGGAUCUUUAUACAAAGGAGAAGUAAAUCCAGCUUAUGUUAAUGAAGCCCAGAGUGUUGCCGGUUCCAGAAAAUCGCUAUCCUUAAGACCAGUGCUUUUGGUAGCACCUCCAGACCAAGAUCGCUACAGCGAAAUUUCGAGAGCAAAAUCUCAUUCUCAUCACAGCCUCUACACAGCAGCUCCAGGUCAUCCAGUUCAUACGAUGUCUACCAACACUUUGAAUCACUCUCAACACAAUUUUCAACUCUAAGAAAAAAAAUGAAAAAAAAUCUUGGAAGCCAUAAUUUUUCAAAAAAUUAGUCAAAGUAGGCGCCGCGCGCCUACAAAAAAAGUUUUAAAUCGUUCAAACCUCCCGCUCUCACAAUUUCCCUCUCCUCAUUUCACCCUUCUCCUCCUUCCUCUCCUCAUUUCUAAUUAUUUCCCCUAAUUUUCCUAAUUUUCCCUCACAUUCUCUUCCCUAAUUUCCCCAUUUCCCCACCCCUAAUUUGCCCUCCUUGACAAAAGUACGGAGGAAGGACGACAGACCAAAACAAUAAGGGUUUAUUUAUUAAUUAAUUUGACAAUAAUUUUUCAAACAGUUUUUCUCUUUUCGAGUCAAUGAGCUGCCAUGUUUUUAAAGUAAAAAUUGUUUCUUAAAACAAUAUGAUUUGGAAUUAAAUUUAAUAUAAUUAAAUUUAAAAAAA